AUGGACCCACGCAAGGUCCUCGACGUCGCGUCCGAUGCCGACUUCUCGGCCAUCAGAAAGGCAUACCACAAACUAUGUCUGCUCCACCACCCCGACAAGGCGGGCAAUAGUAUCGAGGUGCACGAGAGAUUCGUCCAGAUCCAGCGGGCCUACGAGCUUCUCUGCGCCGAGCCACAGGGACGGAAACGUCCUGUAAGAGAAAAUCCAGAGCCCAGCGGCGGAUCUAAGAAGCACAGGCCCAGUGAAGAUGCCGAGGACGAGGCGUUCCAAAUCCGCGUUCAAGCCACUGCCAAGGCGACCCGCGCCCUCAGAGACGUGAAGAUACUCCAGAGGAGGCUGGGAGACAUGUACAAGAUCUACGACGAGAAGUGCACGAACACCCACGCCGACAUUGCGACGCGCGCGCAGCUGCGGGCCACCCUCGACGACUUGAAGAGGAAGCGCGCAGAGGCAUGCGCGCUGGGACCCCAUAACGAUUGUUGGCAUGACUCGACAUUGCAUAAAGACGAGACGACGCGCAAACUGUGGGCCUUGGAGAGGUUGUGCCAUACGGUGAGCCUUAUGCAGGCUCUUUAUGAUUUGCUGGCGUGUACCCUUCGCAGUCUGCUGGCGGAUCAUUCCGAAAAGGAGGAGGAGCAGUUGAAGCAGGAGUUCCGGGAGAUGGUUGCGCUGUGGCGUUUUUAG